CUGAGGCUAGCGUAAGUGGAAUCUAGUUGAACUGUUUUGUCCCUUUCCGCUCUCCGUUCGACGACUUGGGCGGAGGCGGUCACAGCUAUGGCAGCCCUUAGGAUGGGAAAGCUGACAACCAUGCCAGCAGGUCUAAUAUAUGCAUCUAUAAGUGUGCAUGCAGCCAAAGAAGAGGAGUCCAAAAAGCAGCUAGUGAAACCAGAGCAGCUCCCCAUAUAUACUGCACCACCUCUCCAGUCUAAAUAUGUUGAAGAGCAGCCUGGUCAUUUACAAAUGGGCUUUGCAUCCAUUCGCACUACAACUGGUCGUUACAUUGGCUGGUGCAAGGGUGUUUAUGUCUUUGUGAAAAAUGGGAUAAUGGAUACAGUGCAAUUUGGAAAAGAUGCAUAUAUAUAUCUGAAGAAUCCACCUCGAGAUUUUCUUCCAAAAAUUGGAGUGAUUACAGUUUCAGGAUUGGCAGGCUUCAUUUCAGCAAGAAAAGGUUCUCGGUUUAAGAGAAUUGCUUAUCCAUUGGGAUUGGCCACUUUGGGAGCUACUGUUUGCUACCCUGUUCAAUCAGUAAUAAUUGCAAAGGUAGCUGGGAAAAAGGCAUAUGCUACAAGCCAGCAAGUGUAUGAAGCUGUUAAAUCACUGUGGACAAAAAACAACAAAAAACUUCCUGAACAUAAAGAAAAAACUAAGCUAGGAAGUGCUGAUGAAAUAGAAACACCUGCAGAAACAACUCACAACCUGAAACAUUCAGUGCCUUUGCCAACAGAACUCAGCUCUGAAACAAAGACCAAAUCUACAUCAGGUGCUACACAGUUUAUGCCUGACCCCAAGCUCAUGGAUCACGGGCAGUCCCAUCCAGAAGAUAUAGAUAUGUACAGCACUAGAAGCUGAAAUAGUCUGCAUAGAGAACUACAAGAUGUGUGAAGUUUCAAAUAAUGGUGAAAAAGAUGGUGUAAUGGGUAACUGAUGCAUAGGGUAUAAAUUAAACCAAGUUUUCCCCUUACAUCUUCUAAUGUACAGUUUGACAAAUCACAUAAGUGACUAAAAAACUGAAUACAAUCCAAACAACAUUAAAUGAUCAAUGAGGAGGCAGAGGUAAAAGUAUUAGGAUGCAUUUGGUGACUUUAAGUGUGUUUAUAAAAAAAAUAUGUGUGUAUAUAUAAAUAUAUAUACAUAUACACAUAUAUAUUUGCUGUAGCUUUUCUGAAUUAAUAUCAGCUAAAUUAGAAUGGUGUGUGGAAGGAUGUGUUCCCUCCCUCAUUUGUUUUGCAUUUCCCAGAGAUGUAAUAAAAUAUACAUAUUUUAUGACA